UCCCUGCUCCUCCCGCUCUCGCUCUAUAAAUAUACUGCUCUGCUCCUAGCUACUACCACUAGCGUUAGCACCGUAGCACCACCUCAGCUUGAAGGUCGCAAGCAGAGCAGACACUCCGCCCGUCGCUGACCGCACCGCUGCGAUGAAGAAGGUGCGGGCGAGGCCGCGGCGGAUCCCGGCGUUCGGCGAGUGGAACUACUACGACGACGGCGGGUACGGGUACGGCGACGGCGCCGGCGACUGGCCGGCCACCCAGUGCUUGGACUCCGCCAGGCAGGCCGGCCUGUUCGUCUCGUUGCCGGCUUCACCGAAGCCACUCAAGAAGGUGGUAAAGUGGGGUGACAGCGGCACGCUGGAGGUGGACGGGGAGCAGAGGCAGAGGCAGAGGCAGAAGGUGGUGGUGGGGCUGCGCGAAGAGCACGGGCCGAGGAAGCAGCAGCAGGGGAAGCCCAUAGAAAUUUACCUGAAAGUGUCUGACGCCGCCGACGCCCAGCUCGCCGCGAGCUGCACCAAAACCCGCAGGGCGAGGGUGGUCAAAGCCGUGGACGAGGACCUCUACGUGAUCCCGCCGGACAUGCUCUGCCACAACAACCCACGCAAGAGGCUGACGAAAAGGCUGUGGAUCGGGUGUCUCGGCUGCGUCUCCGCCUAGGGAUCACAAACCAUCCGGCCUUGGUGUGCGUGCGUGUGGAGAAAGAGGAGCGGAAAGCCAUGGGCCAUGCAUGAUGCUGUCACGCCAUGUCAAACAUCCUCUCUCUCUCUCUCUCUCUGCUGUAGUCGUAGCAUUAUGCGUUUCAUUAGGAUGGAUGGGCGGAUGGAUGGACGGAGGGACGGCGACGCCGACGUGAUGCGCCCACUCGAGUGCUGCUUUCUCCCUUCCGUUGCGUGCAUCUUUCCCGAUGGGCUUGCCGCUACUCGAUGUGUCCAUGUAGUUGGGAGACUUGUUCCGUGCCUGUCGAGCAUGCAUGAAAAGGAAGGAAGGAAGAAAGCAGGAGCCAUGGCGGUGGUCUCUUGUUCUCUACGACUCCAUUGGGACCCCUUUCAAGUUUAUCCAUUAUUACGUAUACUCUUUGCAUGUCUCGUGCUAGCUUAUUACGAAGUACGGAAGUAGGGUGUGAUUGCGCGCUGAUUCUUUCCGGAAUUGCUGAUUGAUCACAACAUCGCUUCCUCAUUUUGCAAAAUCGUCUAGCGUGGGGAUUCAGGCCGACGACGUCGCUUGUCGCUAAGCUUUCACAGAGCCAAUAACAUACCCCCGCUAGUGUGAAAACGCUCUUGUAUUAUGAGACGAAGAGAAUACUAAUCUUCAUUACUUUAAUAUAAUAGUGCUAGGUCUAGUUAUAUUUUCACAUACGUCCAUCUACAUCCCUAUACGUGUGUUUGAAAAGCUCCACCCGGAUCCUUUGCCCUCCUCCUCCGGCGGUGCUGCCGUUGCGAGCGAGCUUGGGAAAGGAUGCCAGGUCUCAGUUCUGUAUAGUAGGUCUAGGAUUAAGUGUAGGGCUAGGUCUAAACUUCCCUCCGUGGGGUAUGGCGUGAUGCCGAGUAGAAGCACUACAUCAGCGCUUACGAGCGGCGUCCGACGCCGUUCAGCUUCGCUCACCGGCUGCUCUCCAUGGUGGAGAGAAGGUGCGGGAGGCGGAUCUGACUCCAGCUUCUCCAAUAAGCUCGAUCUCGUCCCUGAUUUGGAGGAUGGCCAUCGCUUAGUCCUAUUUUCUCGUUGCUGUCAUGGUGAUGGGAACGGAAAUAGGACGAGGUGCAGAGCAAGAUUCCCCCGAUUGGGCUGGUGCAUAUUCUCGUCGGUGCCUGGGGUGGAGCUACGGCACGCACUGUUGCUGUCGGUCUCUGCCGCCUCUCCGGCGACCUUUCUGGCCGAAUGGCGGCCCCGUGAAGCCAUGGUGUCUGCGCUGGCUUCGUUUCUUCCUCCCGGCUUGAUGCCUUUAGGGAGGCAGCUAUUCAGCUUCGGUAUGGAGUCUUCCUCUUCCGUCUUCUGCCGGAGAUGGAGUGGUGGCUGUCCGGUGAUCCCAAGUGGUUUUGUCCCCGGUGAUGGCAGGACUGGAUCUGUGCUAGAGUUGAUAUUUGGACUUGAUUGUAAUCUUGAUUCUCUGGAUAGGGUCCUCCUUGUAAGUUUCAGGGACUAUGCUGUAGUUUUAUUUUCCUUUGAGUCCU